AUGGAUACGAAUGCUGUCACGUCCACACAAACAGCUUCUGUUGAGCGUCGAGAAUUAUCGGAUUGCGAAAUGGAAUUGAAGCAGAAAGAAGAUGAGCUGAGGACGUUAAAAGUUGACGUUUUGAGGCUCGAAGAAACCGUCAAGGAGCAGGCUGAUAUGAUUGAGGUGAAUUCGCAAUGUUUACAUAUUCUUCAUUCAACUCCUCAAGCUUUGUGUUCGUUUCCUGAACUUGGCUUGCGAGAUAAUAGCGAUUAUGUGUAUAAGAUUGUGAAGUUUUGA